CAAACCAAAAACACUCUCUACUUAUAAAUACAUUCCUCACUAUUUUUCCACUCAUUUUUGUAUCAUUUCAUUUUCAACACUUUGUACCCUCCGUCCCUCUUUAGAUCUCAGAUCUCUCUCUCUCCAAUGGCAUCCAUCACCGGAACCUCCAUGUCCCUCCUCUCCAACAAAUCCAUGGUUUCUUGUACCAGGAUCUCUGGUCCAAAUUCAGUUUCAUUCUCAAUUAAGGGUGCAAGGUUUCCAUCUAUUACUUUUCAACCAAGAGGGCUUCGGUUUCAAGUUACAUGUGCGGCUAAACCAGAGACUGUGCAGAAGGUGUGUGACAUUGUCAAGAAGCAAUUGGCUCUGGCUGACGGUACGGAUGUUACCGGAGAGUCUAAAUUUGCUGCUCUUGGAGCCGAUUCUCUUGACACGGUUGAGAUUGUGAUGGGACUCGAGGAAGAAUUUGGCAUUAGCGUGGAAGAAGAAAGUGCUCAGAGCAUCACCACUGUCCAAGAAGCUGCUGACAUGAUCGACAAGCUUCUUGAGACCAAGGCUUAAACCAGCUAAGAGGAGGACUUAACAUGUCCAUUUUGGAGUGUCUUUUUGUUUUGUUGCUAUAUGAUAUUUGGCGUGUCGGUUUAAUUAAACUUCAUGUAACUGCUAGAUCUUUUCUGGGCCAUAUUAGGAUUACAAUAAUGUUAGUUUUAAUCUUAAUUUUGUAGAACUUAUGUCUCUUUCUUUACAUGUUAAACAGAAUUUGCUCUUAUAAGUCACAAGUAUUUGCUAUUUUGAGAUAA